ACUCUUUUAAAAAUGGGUGUCGAUACCCAGUGCAGCAGACAUAGGCUUCAAACUCCAGCAUCAUCACUGACCCUCUGCAGUGAUUGCCUAAGAUCCAAAUCCUCCUUGCUGAGCAGACUAGACACCUUCUCCAUAGAACCCUCCAUGACAAAUAGUGAUGCCCUAGAAUCCUAUGUAAUCUCAGCAAGGAAAAGAACGAACUUCACCAUUCGCAAGGGUGACUGGCCGGGCUUGCAGAGAGAAGAGACCACCUUCAGAGCUCUCCUCCUGGAGGGGAACCCAGUGGAGGAAGAUCAAGAGCGGGAGUCCCAGGACACAGGCAACGAGGGCUAUCAUAAGUGUGUGGAGACCAGCAGUGUGGUGCAGUCCUGCCUCAAUGGGAGACUCACUCCCAGGCUCACAGUGGCUGGUGGCCUUACGGAGGGACUCCAGGAGAAUCGAGGAAUGGCCAGAAGAAGCUUCCUCAAAGCAUAUUCUGAAGACUACAACAUCUACUUUGUCACGUGGUAUGCUUGUGAGUUCCUGAAACAAAGAUCACCCUGGAGUGGUGAAUGUCUUCCCUUUCUCCUCUGUGUUUACCCUCCCAAGUCUUUCUUAAGUGCUCUGACCCUCGGCCUUGCUACUGACAGAUCCAUAGCUCCGGCCUGGCCUUGGCAACCAUCCAUAGCACUCCAAUAA